AGAGUCUAUUCAACUUCAAGAUGUAAUUGAUGAAACAAAAUGCUUGCCCACGGCAGCUAGCAAACUUUAAAGAUAAAACUUGCAGUGAGGGUGCAGGUGGAGAGGCCAUGAAUGAAAACAAAUUUCUGAACACAGACUCCAGCUCAGGAUCAGCAGAAACAACUGUCAAGCCGUUACCAUUUAAAGAUCCAAACUUCAUCCACUCCGGCAUUGGUGGAGCAGCAGCUGGCAAGAAGAACAGAACUUGGAAGAACCUAAAACAAAUUCUUGCUUCUGAAAGGGCAUUGCCAUGGCAACUAAAUGAUCCUAGCUAUUUUAAUAUUGAUGCUCCUCCUUCCUUUAAGCCUGCCAAGAAAUAUUCAGACAUUUCGGGACUUCCAGCAAAUUACACAGAUCCCCAGAGCAAGCUAAGAUUUAGUACUAUCGAAGAAUUUGCCUAUAUUCGGAUGCUCCCUUCAGAUGUGGUUACAGGAUACCUGGCCCUAAGGAAAGCAACAAGUAUUGUUUCCUGAGGAGACCAAAUACUGUUGUAUAUCGCUUGUGAACAGCACUGAUUUUGAGAACCAUGAUGGAAACUGACUGUGGGACUGAGGUUCCUUAAGACUAUCUGUGGCUAUUUACAUCUGGAAGUAGUUGAUGAUACAUGGACUUGAAGGACAUAUGGAUUUAAUUUUGAUAAAUGCUGAUAUUUGUUAGUUUGCCAAUUUGUAAGCAAUUUGGUUUGGUGAACUGAAUAACUUAGACCUUAAGGAUAUGUAUCUGCACCAUAAUGUCUGAGUUAUAUUAAUUUCUGUAGAGAUGGGAUUUCAUCUCCACCCUGUAUAUAUUAUGCACUGCUCUGGCUCAGAAGAAACAGUCAUUUGAAUUAAGGAAAAAGGUACCAAGAUAUCCCAACUUCUAAACCUGCCUUGCCAGAUGCACUUGCCACUUGGCUAUGAAGAAGUUUGUCCCGUCUGUAAAAUGAAGCUAAAACACCUAGCAAGUGCUGCUCUUUUGAUGACUGCUUAUGGUACUGAGCGCUGUGGAGAUGAACAGCUUCAAGCAAAUACUUGCAUUGAAGAACAGUGAGAAUAAAUAAAGUUGGACUCAAAUUGUUCUUAAAAUAUUCUAAUGAAUAUGCAUAACAGCAUCAAAUCAAAUCACCAGGUAACUCUUAAAUAGUGACACUUUGUAGUUUCUGGUGCUUCAUUUCACAACCUAUUCUUCUACUUUUCCUACUUAGUACAAUGUUAGUACCAAUUAGUACACAAAAGUACUAAUUUCCCAGACUUUUUAAAAAAUGAUGCUAAAAAAAGCAGGAACUCCACUGUCCGGGGGUGUUCUGACACCCAGAUGAUCUUCAGCUAGGCAAGACCUCCUAUGUCAGGACACUGAUCUUUGCACCGUGAGGUACCAGAAGAAUAACCUAUAGCAACUAGAUAUUGUCCCCUGUAGAGGAAGGAGACUGAAGGAGAGUUUGAGCUCUUGCUGGGGGAGCACUGACAAGUACGUGCUGACAUCAGCAAGACUGUGAUUUCCUGAAACUAGAUCUAGGGGCAAGGGGGCAGAGGCUUUUCUGCCUAUUAUUUCUUUUUGUCCUCUUUCUUACGACAAGCUACUGAGUCGUUGUCUUCUCACUUCUGCAUCUUUAUCCCAGCUUUAGACUCUUGUCAAGUUUUAAUCUGGACCCCAAGUUCAGGCUCAGCCAUUCCUAGCCUCCAGCCACAUGGCCUUCAUUCCCAUACUCCACCAACUGCCCUGUAGCUGUGGCACUUGCCUCCCUUAGCUCUCUGAGCCAGAGGGUGUUAGCCAGAAAGGCAGCUAAGCGAGUUACCACUUGCUGUGGGAAUGCUCUCUUCCCACAUGCAGAACUGCCAAGUGGAAGACUUGUCCCAUAGCUUGUUAGUCCCGGAUUGCCUGGGUCACUAAGGAGGUGAGACACUUAUCACAGGACAGCAGUCCUGUCUCACCUGAGCUCUGUCAUGGACAGUGGGAGCUUUUGCGAGACACCUCUUCUGAGUGCACAAGCAGCAGGCAGUGGCGACUAGUUAAUCUCUAAGCUGCAUCUUGAAUGCACAUUUCUAUAGACAUGAUAAUUAUUAGAACAGGGUUUGGUUUUUUUUCAUUGAAAGAAUAGAUAUGCAGAGCAUUACUAAUGCUAGUUUAAUUUCAGCUGUGAAGCAGGAAAAACAAUAAUGGGACACGUUGUUUAAUGAAAGUCUGUGGGACUCAGUCCUCAGUUUUUGUGAUCUAAUAUUUACAAAACUAAAGUAAUUUAAAAAGUCUUUGACGUGCUUACAAUAGAUCCUUCAAAGCCCUGGAUACCAGAUAAUGCUACAACUGUAUCACAGAACAAAAAAGAAUAAGACAGGAUAUCUCUCUUCAUGCCAGUAAGCAUCCAAGCCACAUUCUCUUCGCAUCCGAGUUUUAGAAUGGAUGUUUUUAACUUACUUUACGUACUAAAGAUGUGUUUAUAAGAUAAGCUUAACAUUGAUAUGAAAAGAAAACACAUAGAAAUGCUGUACGAUCAUUUAUGCUUCAAAUAAGCAGACAGCAACUCAGAAAAUGGUAUUUCACUAGCUUUUUUUCUCCUACAAAUAUUUUUAACGUUCUUUGGGAAUGACUGUUUAGGAACCCAGGCUCCCUCACCAUCAGAAGUGCUCCACGCACCCCUGCACUGUAUAUUAAGACGUUGCUUCUCAGCUAAUUUCUACCACACAGUGUUGAUGCAUUCCGUUUUCAAAACCUAAGCGCCCUACUGCAUCAAUUGGCAUUAGAAAAGUAAAUAGAGCUUAGAUUUGGCAAAAACAUUAGCAACUCUUCUCUCAAUGUUUUCUGCCCAUAUGAUGGCUGCUAGAUUGCCUUUUCUAUCCUUGUUUCUCCCUUUGUUUGCUACUGGCCCUUUUUUCUUAGUCGGUAGUACCUCGCUUUUACUCAUUAGGCUGUGCAGUAG